AUGAAAUUUCGAAUCAAUCGACAAACUGAUCCAAAACGUCAAUUUUCAAUUGAUCAAAGUGGAUCAUUAUGUGUUGCUCAACGACUUGAUCGUGAAGAAAUUCCAAAAUAUAAUUUAGUUAUUGAAGCAUUUGAUUCUGCUGGAAAUGUUGGAUUUCAAACAAUUGAAAUUUAUGUGCAAGAUGUUAAUGAUAAUGCACCGGUACCAUAUACGGUACCAAAUCCGUGUGUCUUUAUGGAAAAUACCGAACCAACAAUGCAACCAAUAUGUGAGAUACGAGCAUACGAUCCGGAUACCAUUGAGAAUGGACCACCUUUCAUAAUGAAAUUAGCAUCAGAUUUCAAAUUUGGUGCAUAUCUAAACGUUGUCUAUAAUAAAAAUGGUGAUAAUGGUAAUGGUUCGAUGAUUGUUACAGCAAAACAACGUUUAGAUCGUGAAGCUGAAUUUCCGGGAAAACAACUUGAAAUUCCGAUAAUCCUGAAAGAUUCGGGUGGUUUACAGUCGGAACGUUCUGUUUACAUUAUUAUUGGUGAUGAGAAUGAUAGUCCGAUGAGAAAUGGUGAAAUGACCAUUUUUGUGAAUAGCUAUCUGGGACGUCUCGAGAAAACAGUAAUUGGACGAGUAUAUGUUGAGGAUAAGGAUGACUGGGAUCUACCAGAUAAAAUAUUCUCAUGGGCACCUGGUAAAUCAUUACCUGGCUUCAGUCUUGCUAUUAAUGGAGAGAUUACAAUGGAUGCUAAUAUGCCAUCUCGAACAUAUCAGAUGACUGCUAAUGUUGUUGAUAAACGACGUAAUGAGAAAGCACAAGGUGUUGUUAAUGUUAUUAUAAAGAUGGUACCUGCUGCUGCUUUUGAAAAUCAGGGUGCAAUAAGAAUUAUGCUGUCACCUAAUGGACUUGAUUCACCGGGAAGUUUUAUAAGAGUUGAUUCAACCGGUUCCAGUCCGAUGAGUCGAUUUGUGAAUAAAAUGAAUGAAUAUUUGGAUGGGAAUUCAGAAUUGGAUGUCUUUUCUAUCAAGCAAGAUCAAAUUGUAUUACAAAAUUAUGCUCCAACCGUAUUAGAUGUCCGUUUUUCGGCUCAUGGUAGUCCGUAUAAAAGUCCAAUUUUACUGAACGGUUUAAUUGCACAAUAUCGUAGUGAACUGGAAAAAGCAAUUGGUGCGACAAUUGUAUCAGCUGGUAUUGAUAUGUGUAAAUUUACUGUAUGUGAUAAAGGAUGUCAAACUGUUAAUCAUGCUAAUGAGCAAGGUAUUGUCGUAUCUGCUAAUCAAACAGUUAUUGUUGGUGUAAAUGCAUGGUCUAAUGAUACUUGCAUUUGUCCAGUAUUUACACCACCUUCAUCAUGUCAAGCAAAUCUAUGUCUCAAUUCCGGUGUUUGUCAUAACACUUAUCCUGGAUUCUUCUGUGAAUGUCGUAAUAAUUUCCUGAAAGGUUUACGAUGUCAAGGUACCACACGUUCAUUUGAUGGACAAGGAUUUGCUUGGUUUAAACCGGUUCCGGCAUGUACAUCGUUGAAUAUUUCUCUACAAUUUUUAACUAAACAAGCUAACGGUUUAUUGUUGUAUAAUGGUCCAAUGGGUGAUAAUAGCACGUACGGAAGAGCAGAUUAUAAGGAUUAUGUGAUCAUACGAUUGGUUUCCGGUCGUAUACAAGCCGAUCUCAUGUUUAAUGGUGUUGUGGCUAAUCCGAUACAGAUUUCAGGCUCUGAUGCUCUUAAUGACGGAAAAUGGCAUACGGUUACACUGUAUCAGGAUGGCAAGCAUAUUGAAUUAGUAAUUGAUAGUUGCUAUACAAUUGUACCUAUUGGAACAGGUGAUAAAAUUAUUGGAAUUGAUGAUUCUUCUUGUCGUCGUGUUAAAAUAACAGCGGAUGAUGAUGAACGAUUAAAUGUUGUUGCACCGUUACAGAUUGGCGGAGUUGCACCACUAUCCGGCAAAGAACGCUAUCCAGGAGUGAUAACUGCUUUUGCAAUGAAUUUCAAAGGUUGCAUACGUGAUUUGAUGGUAAACAAUGAGUUAUAUGAUUUGGGUGUUCCGGAUUAUGCUAGUGAAGAGCAUUCCGAAAUUGGUUGUCAACUUACGGAAGCAGCUUGUGGUCUAAAUGAUAUCAGUGGACCGUAUUGUGUUCACGGCGAAUGCAUUUCUGAUUUGGUGUCGAAUGUGCCAAAAUGUUUAUGUGACCCUGGAUAUGGUGGUGAUCGAUGUGACAUUCCAUUUAAAUGGGUUGAAUUUGGCCCUGGCUCAUUUGUCGAAUAUGAUGUGAAAGUAGGUCUGGAAGAUAAGACAACCGAUGUCGAUGUAUUAUUCUUGCCUGGUAAAGCUAAUGCUGGAACCGGAGAGCUUGGCUUUGCUGGUGCUGGUGAAAAAUAUAUCAGCACUUCGAUAGAAAAUUAUUCACCGACAGCGAAAUUUGACUUUAGCUCUAGUUUUACUGCUUCAUCUACUACUCCGGUAGAAUUACAAUUGACUAAUUUGCAUCUUCAAGAUAAUAUCUCAUACUGGAUGCAAUUUUCCAGAAGUCCUGUUCGUGCAUCUUUAUCUGUUGAUGGUGUUUAUCGUGGUGUAUUACCUUUAAAUCCACUCAAAACUCCAUAUCAGAUUGAUAUAAAUGAAUUACUUCUUGGUGCAUUAAGUGUUCAAGGUGACAAAGGUUUUAGGGGUUGUGUUGGUACUUUUCGUUGGCAACAUAUUAAUUUACCGUUGAUAAAGAGUGGAGAACGAUCAGGUAGUUAUGGCCAAAGUGAUAGUGAUUCGAUCAUAUCAGUGAAGCAAUCAAAAGGUGUCCAAAGUGGUUGUUCAUUGCGUAAAACAUGCGCUAAUAUCGGUUUUGCAUAUUGCGGCGGUUCUUUUGUUUGUGUUGAUUUCUGGAAAGGACCAUUCUGUACAUGUCCGGAAGGUGCACAGGUACUUCUUGGUGCUAAUGGUGAAUUGGUUGGUUGUGGUGAAACAUUAGCUGUUAGCAGCCUUGGUAUUUCCAGUCCUGCAAUCAUCCUUAUUCUCAUAUGCUUGAUUUUACUAAUUAUGAUGGUUUUGUUAAUGGUUGUAUACACUCGACGUCAUACACCACCAUUUGAGCCUGUUCGUCCCGAAGAGCUCAAUCGUGACAAUUUAAGGCCAUAUGAUCUGGAAGGUGGUGGUGAGGCGGACAAUGACCAAUACAAUAUCACCAAUCUUCGUAAACCUGUUAUGCCAAUCGAGGAAAAUGGUAUAAAUGGCUAUGCACAACCUGUAUAUCCAAUGCAACGUACACAAAUUGAUGAUAAACUUAACAGUCGAAUCAAAAAUUUGGAGGCAGAUCCAGAUGCUACUGCACCAUACGAUGAGUUACGAAUUUAUGAUGAUGAAGGAGAUAAUAUAUCAAGGGUAACACUUGAGUCGCUUGAAUCAACUGAUGAUGCAGUUCCUUCGGGCAAUCUUGAUCAAGAGAUUGAAAAAUGGGGUCCACGUUUUAACAAUUUAGCUGGCAUAUACGGUAAACGAGAAAAAUGA